AUGCCUCCAAAAGGCAAAAAGCACGCCCGCACCGAAUCCGCCUCCGACGACCCAGCCCUCAAACACCCCCCACCCAAGCGCGGCAAAGAAGUCGACGCUGAAAACCCCUUCGAACAACUCACCGACCUCUUGGAGUCCAACGACUCCUCCCACAAACCCCGCAAUGUCCUGCACUGGUUCCGCUCAAAGGACAUUCGACAAGAAGACAACAUCGCCUUGCACAACGCCUCGCUCAAAGCGAAAGAGGAGAGCGGGAGUCUGAUCGGGAUGUACCUGCAUUCGCCGAAAGAUGUCGAGUGGCAUGGGACGUCGCCUGCAAGGAUGGAUUUUAUCCUUGAGAGUUUGAGGAUUCUGAAGGGGCAGUUGGAGGAGAAGAAUAUCCCGCUCGCUGUAUUAGAGGUUGAAAAGCGGAGUCAGAAGACGGAGACGGUGAUGCGAUUUGUAGAGGAGAACGAUGUGAGCCAUGUUUUUGCGAAUAUGGAGUAUGAAGUCGACGAACUGCGGCGGGACAUCGAUAUGAUGAAGCGUGUGCAAGAGAAGGAGGGUGUAUCGUUUGAGGUGCUGCAUGAUCAGACUGUUGUGACGCCAGGGGAGUUGAAGGGGCAAGGGGGAGGGCCGAUGAAGGUGUUCACGCCGUAUCAUAAGGCGUGGUUGAAGGAGACGAAGGCGGAGCCGGGGUUGCUUGAUACUGUGCCUGCGCCGGAGGGGAACGACGAGAAAGCACUGGAGCAGUUUAAGAAGUUGGUCGAGACGAAAGUGCCCGAGAUGCCGGAGAGCAAACAAUUCGCCUCGGACGAGGAAAGGCAGCGAUUACGGAAGCUAUGGCCUGCGGGACAUGAGGCAGGCAUGAAACGCCUCCACCAUUUCCUCGACAAAAAAGUCUCCGACUACGCCGCCCACCGCUCCGAACCCGCGCGCGACCUCACCUCGCGCCUCUCCCCCUACUUCUCCUCGGGCGUCAUCUCCGUGCGCGAAGUCCUCUCCACCGCUCUCAAAUCCAACAACGGUGCGCACUUCGACGAGGGCGACGCAGGCAUCGACUCGUGGGUCCGCGAAAUCGUCUUUCGCGAAUUCUACCGGCAUAUGAUGGUGCUCACGCCCCACGGCAGCAUGAAUCUACCGCAGAACCUGAAGUUUGAUUUCGUGCAGUGGGAGGAUGACGAGGAGGGGUGGUAUAAAUGGUGUGAGGGCCGCACAGGGGUACCCUGGGUGGAUGCGGGGAUGCGGCAGUUGAAUCAUGAGGCGUAUAUGCACAACAGGCUCAGGAUGGUUGUGAGUAGUUAUCUGAGCGGGAAUUUGUUGCUGGAUUAUCGGAGGGGGGAGAGGUAUUUUGUUGAGCACUUGGUGGACUGGGACCUCUCCAACAACACCAACGGCUGGGAGCCCUCCUACACAAUCUUCAACCCCAUCACGCAAGCCGAGAAAUGCGACAAGGAAGGCGCUUACAUCCGCAAAUGGGUCCCCGAGCUCCAAGACGUUCCCGGUAAAGCCGUCUUUGCACCUUUCGACCGCUUGAGUGAGAAGGAGUUCGAGAGGUUGGGGUAUCCGCGGCCGCAUGUGGAUUUUGGCGAGACGGCGCAGAGGGCGAAGGAGAGGUAUAAGCGGGAUUUGCAUUCGGGGGAUCUUUAG